GUGUGCUGUGUAGUCUAGUAGACCCUCGAGCAGAGCUUCACGUCCAGGGGCUGUGGGUCCACAGAGUUCCGCAGCGCCACUUCUGCCUGCUCCAGGGUCUUGGAGAUGGACUUUCUUCAGUUCUUGGCCGCCUUCUUUGUCCUGCUGCUGUCUGGUGUGGGGGCCACAGGUACCCUGAGGACCUCAAUGGACCCAAGCCUGGAGAUUUACAAGAAGAUGUUUGAGGUGAAACGGCGGGAGCAGCUAUUAGCACUGAAGAACUUGGCACAGUUGAAUGAUGUCUACCAGCAGUACAAGAUCCUUGAUGUUAUGCUCAAGGGGCUCUUUAAGGUGCUGGAGGACUCCCGGACAGUGCUCAUUGCUGCCAACGUGCUCCCAGAUGGGCCCUUCCCCCAGGAUGAGAAGCUGAAGGAUGCCUUCUCCCAUGUGGUAGAGAACACGGCCUUCUUCGGUGAUGUGGUACUACGCUUCCCGAGGAUCGUGCACCACUACUUUGACCACAACUCCAACUGGAACCUCCUCAUCCGCUGGGGCAUCAGCUUCUGCAACCAGACAGGUGUUUUUGACCAGGGGACCCACUCACGCAUCCUUAGCUUGAUGGCCCAGGAGUUGGGGGUCAGCGAGAAAGACUCCGACUUCCAGAACCCAUUUAAAAUAGACCACCCAGAGUUUAUUCCCAGCACUGACCCUUUCCAGAAGGCCCUGAGGGAAGAAGAGAAACGAAGGAAGAAAGAAGAGAAGCGGAAAGAGAUCCGAAAAGGCCCAAGGAUCUCCCGAUCCCAGUCUGAGUUGUAACCCUGGAGCAGCGCAGGGAUCAAGGGGCCAGCAGGAGGCCUCUCAAGAGGACGGGGAGGCAGCUACGUGGCUGUGGCAUGGCGGCCUCCACCAUGGUGGUGAGCACCGGCCCCUUCCAGAUGGCGACACCACGUUUACUGGGUCCUCAGGAGCUGAAGGGACUGUACAUCAGGGGGCUGAAUUUUCUCCCAGGACCUCUAGAGAGGGUGUCCAGGAGGCCUUUAGAGAACACUGUGGAGACUGCCAGGGAGGCAGGAGGGCCUCCUGGCUGGACUCUUGGUAGGUGAAGGUCCUGGCUGGCUGGCUGCUGCAGUCUGCAGGGAAGCAUCAAAACCAGGCUCUGAGUCACUGGAAAAGGUGUGAUGCCUGUUUCUUGUCCCAUUGUGUCCCAGCCCAGGUCCCAGCUCCUCUCCAGAGACACAAUAAAAGCCAGAAAAUUCACUGGA